GUGCGUGCGUGCGUGCGUGUGUGUGUUAAAGAGAGAGCUAAAGGGAGAGAGAGAUAGAUAUACAGUAUAUAUAAAGAGAUAGAGAACAACUCUGUGUGGGAACCGUCAUCCUCCUCGUUGUUUUUGGUCUCAGGCUCACACAUGGAGGGCGGACUUCGAUCUUUCCUCACCGGAGAUUUAAAAUCACGUGGAUGAACUUCGCGUCGGACAAACGAGAACCGGGACGCUAAAACAGGACAAACUACCUGGAACAAUGGUUCAGUCUGUGAUGUUGACUGUCGUGGUGCACAUCCUCCUGCUAUCCAGUGGUGCUCCGUGUUUGGAGCCCAAGGAGCAAGUGUCUCUCCCCUCCGGCGCCUUGGAGCUGCCGUGGCGGGACGAGCUUUGCUGUGACUCACCUUCAGCCCACCUGCCUGCAGAGGGUGACGUCACGCACGCGCCGGAGACAAAACGCUCCCACUCGAGCCUCCCACACAGUUCCCACUGCAGCUUCAGGGGCUCCGCGAACGAAUCAAAUGCUCAUGAGUCUUUUGGCGGCACCUGUUUGGACAUCCUGUGCAAGAUCGAGGAAAACUGGGAACAUCUAACAUGUCUCUUUCAACCAUUGAUGGUGAAUGCUGGUCCUCUGGCUGUAAGUCUGCAGCGGCUACUUUCCCAGGAAGAGGACUCAGAUGUAAACAAUGGGUCUACUGCUGCUGAUCCCAUUGUCUGUAAAGCCACGGCAUCUUUCAUGUGUUCACUCGCUCUUGGGGCUGAGACCAGCCUUGUCGCUGUGAUACGCAUCAGCGUCUCCCACGGCAACGCUGCACCUGUUCUCCUCAGGAUUCCUCCCAGACCUGUGAAACCAAGUCCACCGUUCAACCUGUCGCACAUUCAGACCAUUGAAGCUGAGCUUAGGUUACACUGGGAAGACCCUUCAGACUCCAUCGGUCCGCUGAGAUACGAAGUCCGACACUCUCCCAAAAGCAUUCAUCCAGCAUGGGAGGUGGUGUCUGCACCUGCAGAGCCCCGCUUGUCUCUGGAGCUGAAACCCGGGCUGAGCUACACCCUCCAGGUUCGCUGCUCCGCUCUGGUCAAACCUCCACUGUGGAGCGACUGGAGUGAACCUCACCACAUCUUGCUGUACACGGUGAGCUACAUCCCUGAGACCGUGGUGACGCGACCAGGGGAGAACGUAACGGUGCACUGCAUAUUCAACGAGCGCGGCAGCAACGCCAGCAACGCCGCGUGGAAGCUCAACUCCAGACAGCCGCUUCCCAGGAGUCAGUACCACGCAGUCAACCAGCGGGUGAGCCAGAUCACGAUACGUUCUUCGGAGACUCGGAUGUACGACAUUCUACGGUGCACUGAGCGGAGGAGCAUCCCGUACAGCCAGAUCUACGUAGAAGGAGCCUCCAUUGACAUCAACUGUUCAACCAACGGUGAUAUUGAUGCAAUGGAUUGCAGCUGGAAGAACAAAGAGUGGACUAAACCCACAAUCAAAUACAGCUGGGCCGACCUGCCGUGCGACGUUAUGGAGGAGAGGGAACGAGCGGGGGAGAAAUUGGGGGAUAUGGGGUCCGCUUGCCUCAGAGUUCAACCCUCGCUGAAAACCUGCACCAUUCAGCCGCUGAGGAUGAACUGCUACAAGCUGUGGAUGGAGAUGGCGUCCGACCUGGGGCCCAUCAAGAGUAAACCCGUUUACCUGUCGCCCAUGGAUCAUGUUAAGCCCCACGCGCCCACCGACGUGGCGGCAGGGAGCCGAAGCAACGGCGUCCUGACGGUCACGUGGGAGCCUCCGUCUCUGCCGGCAGACGGGCUCCAGUGUCAGGUCCGCUACUACUCGCCCUCUGCUGCCAAAGGCCAGCCGCAGUGGAAGAUCCAGAGUCCAGUGCGGGUUUCGUGGCUGGAGGUCGCCGUGUCGGACAUGUGCCACGUGCACGUGGUGCAAGUCCGCUGCAUGCGCAUCAACGGCAAAGGCUAUUGGAGCGAAUGGAGCGAUCCGGUCUACUCCACGCCGCAGAACAGCAGAGCUCCUAAGCACGGCCCUGAUUUCUGGAGAGUCCUUCAAGACGACCCACACAGACACCACACUAAUGUUACUCUGCUAUUUGAGCACCUCCACAUGGCGGGGCGCUCUUUUUGCGUAGACGGAUUCGUGGUCCAGUUCCAGGCUUCGAGUGGCUCUGUGAUCAGGAGGGAGAAGAUCGACACGGCGUCCUCCUACAGCUUCCAGUGGGACCAGGAGCUCCUGGCUGUGACUGUGGAGGCCUACAACGAUCUGGGGAGCUCCACCAACAAUAUCAACAUGACGCUGGAGAGACAACCAAAACGCCGCUCUGUGCGUUCGUUCGCCGUGUCACUCAUCAACAGCACCUGUGUGUCUCUGUCCUGGAGUCUGUUCGACAACGUCUCUGUCCCUCUGUCCAUGGUGGUCACGUGGUCUCCAAGGCAAGAGGACUCUGAUCAUCACAGGGGCCGCAGUGGGAAAACAUGGGUCAGAGUCCCCUACACAGACUCCCCCAUCUAUGUGAGAGGAGAUUUCUUAGGCUGUGAGCAGUCCGGCUUCUACUUGUACCCAGUGUUUGCUGAUCGAGAGGGGGUGCCAAUGUACGCUUUAGCCACCAGACGAGACCCUGCAGCUUACACCAUGUUGGCGAUAAUCUCUUUCCUCUCCUUUGUCCUGAUUGUCACCAUGAUUGUCUCCCAAAAACAAAUGAAAAGGCGUGUGUGGAAGGAUGUGCCCAACCCAAAGAAGUGCUCCUGGGCCAAAGGACUAGACUUAAAAAAGGCUGACAUCUUUGACCAGUUGUUCCAACUUCCAGAAGGUCCGUCUCUCACAUCGCAGCUGCACCUGCCGUCUGAGCACAUUUCCAAAGUCACAAUAGUCGACAGGAUUGAUCUCCCAGCUCUGUCUGCAGCUUUGGUCAAAGGCCCACUGGUCUCCCUAUCAUCCAACGUAGCCCAUGUGUCAGCCAUGGAGGGUGAGGGCCUCCUAGUUGGAGCUCAUUCUUAUCUGGAUGUUUUAGUCGGUUCAAGUCAAACAAUGGAUCAGUUACAGCCUCAACAUCCACCAGCAGAUCUCAAUGACAGCUCUGCUCAGUCUUCGGUCACAUACGCCACUGUGCUCAUCUCUGACCAGAAGCACGAGCAACAGCCCCUUCAUCUCCACUUCAAAGACUGGAGCAGCAGCAGCUCCAGCGACGAGGGCAAUUUCUCUGCCAACAACUCCAACCUUUCUGGAUCUUUCCCCGGCGGUCUGUGGGAGCUGGACUGCUGCCCAGCAGGAGAAAUGGACGUCCCGCGACGUUCCUGCUCCAACGACUCCGCGGAGGAGCUUCCUAAGACAUCAGAGCAAGAAGAUGGAGCAGAGAAGGUGAGAGAGGAGAAAGACCUGUGCUGUGUACCCAUGGACUAUCCAGCAGCGGAGGAGGAAAGCGGGGAAGAUGAGGGACAGAUGGAAGAAAAGACCAAUGUUAAGCUGAUCAGAAAUGUAGAUUUUAACAGAGAGGGGGAACCUGUGGAGUCGCUCGAGUCCGCAGGCCCGUCAGCGUCGACGCAAAGCUUUCCUCUGCUUUACCGGCCCCAGUUCACGGGAGCUCAGUGUACGAUGCAACUCAAAGCUCAGCCGCAAAUCUGCGACUCUCACACAGACUGCUUUUAAAUGCAAACGUGUAUCUUUGGAUCAGUCGUGUCAUCGAAAGCCUCACGAUACAGCAUUCACCAAAGUGGUUUUGCGCACGUUCCUUCACACUCAGUGAGGUGUGCAGCGGAAAAAUGGUAAAAAACACCACGUCUAAUGUGCGAUUGACUUUGGGUGUUCAUCAGUGCUGCUAUUAUGUUCUGUGGGUGAAGACCUCAUAAUUCUCAUCUGUAGAUGACAUCUUUUACUGUGCCACACUGCUCCUCUGCACUCAGUAAGUGAACCAGAAGCAAAGUUAAACCUUUCAAUGGAGUAAUGUACAGAGUCCUUACAGACAGGAGCAGGCUGUACAACCCGUGCAUUGUAUAGAGGUGGGAAGUAGAAACCUUUUUGGGGUUUCAAACAUUUUAGAUGCAUAAAAACAGCUUUUCGCACGGGAGUGGGAAUGCCGUUGAUUCAUUUGGAAAAGAUGUGGGACUCUUCAGCCAAUGUAAUGUAAAAGAAAAAGUCUGCUGUCUUUCAUUCUCUGCUGCAUUAGUCCAGCUUCAUUUCAGGUGUCACAUGGAAGAGGUUCAAAACAGACACACACACACACACACACAUGUGUGUAACUGCAGGCAAUUUCAGGAUCUGCAAUCAGUUUGUGCAACAACAUCUGCUUGUACGAUACCACCACCAAGAAUGUCUUUUGUACUUUGUGCUGGUAAUGUAUUUGAAAUGUACAGUUUGUAAGGGUAUGUGACAUGUGAUUAUCUUAUUCUGAGUUUGGCCGUUCAUAUACAAGUUUACUGUCUGGUGUUUACAAAAAAAGACAAAAGAAUAUUUGUGGAACAAGAGGAUCUGAAAUAUGGCUUCAAACUAAUUGCAUAUUGAAAUAUUCUGUCUAUUUUUCAUAGUUAAAAUAAAGUGUUUAUUGUGGAGUUUAACAGUGCAAACGUGUGCAAAAGAGAACUUCAGACACUCUUUGAGCUGCAAAGG